CGGUCAGUUUCCCGUGCCGCUGGCCGUGUUUCGCCUAUGCGGUUGCUGUCAAACACUUUGCAUGUUGCGACGAUUGCUCGAAGGAGCCGCCUCUAUGAAUACUUUAACACAGUUACGUAGGCUUCGUGCGACUAUUUGAGCCCGUUUCAUCCGAUGCACGGCGACCGCAGUGUCAAGUUCGCACAGGCGUUCACGGCUGGGCUCUUGGUCAGCGAGCAUAAAGCGAGUGCAUUGUUCGAAACCUCGCCGAUAUCACUUGUUUAAAGUCAAUGCGGUGCAUUAGUUUCGUUUAGGUCCGCAAGGGCAUUUCGAGUUGCAUCGACAUGGGAAAUGCCGAAACUCACGAGGGAACACCUCCACCAGACCUGCUCAACAGGCAUCUCGACCUGAGCGUCAAAGUCGAUGACCGCUCUUUCCACAAGCACAUCAGCGGGGACCACAGUGAAAAGAGCCUCACCGAUCUUCCCUGGAGCCUCAGAGAUGCCGUGUCGUUGUACGAAUCGCUCAAUGUAUCUUUCAAUGAACUGACCACAUUGCCUCCCGAGAUACCAUUCAGACUGCCACACCUACGCGUGUUGGAUCUGAGUUACAACCGGCUCAAGUCACUGCCCGACAGUGUCGGCUUUCUCUUCCACCUCGAAGAGCUGCUAAUUCCUUUCAACCAGCUCGAGUCCAUACCGGAUUCAGUAAUAUAUCUAAAGGUGCUUAAAAAGCUCGACCUCUCACACAACUGCAUCAAGCAACUCCCCGACAAUCUGGGGAAGGUCGCAACUUUGGCCAAACUCAACGUAAGUCACAACAAGCUGGUGUCCCUGCCAAAGUCGCUGGGGAAGCUGCCCAACCUGAAAACGAUUCUCGUUGCCGGGAACGCUGACAUCACGAGCCCACCCCUAGCGGUCUGCGAGAAGGGUUCAGACGCCGUGCUUCAGCACCUGAGGAAGUCGGUUUACAUUCAGGAGAAGCCAACACUGCGAGCCGUCGAAUGCAACCAGUUUCCAAGGGUGCGCGGUAACCUGGUCGCGACGUCGGUGCCCAAUCUUCACUCGGCACAUGCGCAGUACUUACAGAUACAGACUGACACGGUAAACACAGCGAGCCGCAUCAAGACUCCACUGCUACCACCUAUUGGGGCUACCAAGUUGGAGCCAAAUAUACUUACAGACAGAAUAACAGGCCUGCUGUACGGAGCUGCCAUCGGAGAUGCGAUAGGAGUUGCGACCGAGUUCAUGACUGUGGAUGAGUGCGCCUUCUACUAUGACACCCAGUGUCUCGAGUAUACAUCUAUAAGGAGAGAUGAGCAUCGAGUGCAGUGGAAGCAGGGCGACUGGACGUGCAAUGCUGACCAGAUGUUCUUAGUGCUUGAUUCGUUGCUGCGAUGGGCUGGUGUUGUUGACGAGCUGGAUUUUGCAAAGCGGCUGGUGUCCUGGAAACGCUCUGGCGUACCUGAGCUCGGAGACUCCGAAGGUUUCCUGCUGUCUGAUCUUACCAAACUGGUGCUUCAAGAGGAAGGCUACAUGAAUGCCCCGCACCAAGUGGCAUUGCAGGUCUUCCAACGAAGCCAGCCUGCCUGCAACAAUGGCCUCGGCAAGCAACAUGACGUUGGUGCACCAGUUCUUGUUGACAAUGGAUCUCUGACAAGGGCUAUUGCACUAGGCAUACCAGUGUUCCACAACUUGUCAGAGGUGGCGUCGAAUUCUGUGCGAAUAUGCCUGGCUACCCAUCCGGAGGAACAGUGCAAGGCGGCAUCUGUGGCCAUUUCAACUACCCUCGCGACCAUUUUGCAGGGCAAGCACAACCUGUACAGCUGCGUGGAUGUGGAUAGGCUACUCGACACCGUGUACGAGCUGUCAGUGAAACAGUUGACGAGUGAGGGCAGCGUCACAAGUUUCAAGAAAUGCUUCGAAGCAAGCAGCUUCGAGGGAUUGCAACUGAAUGAUCAGCAGUCGAGCAGCCAUCCAUUCAAGGCCUUAUCUGCAAGCAUCACGGCUCUCAAGCAGUGCGCAGACUACAGGUCUACCAUCAGCUGCCUGGCCAUGCAAGGGGGCCAUAGCAGCGUAAAUGGCUGCCUGGCCGGUGCCUUCCUCGGUUGUCGGGACGGCUUUUCGGCCCUGCCCGAGUCCUGGGUGCAGGGACUGCUGCCGAAGCAGCGCGCGUGGCUCAACGAGCGCGUGAACAGCCUGCUCGACAAGAUGGGCCUUCCCUGAAUGCUGCUUCUUCUUACUCACCCAGAACUGCCUUCGUUAAGAGUCGGCAUCUUCACGACCUAAUGCUGAUAGUUGGUAGAACUGAUUUUAAGUGCUCGUACCGCUACCAAUGUACUUAUGUCGAGCAUAGACGCAUAGGACUUUGUAAUGCACCUGUGCUGUCUGGUGUGGGCUGCCGGUUCGAGACUUAAACAAGCUUGAAUUAUUGUGGUACGCAUGCAAAGUGGUUUUUGCAUGUGCAGGCCAUGUAAAAAUUCUAGCGCGACAUUGGGAAUGGCACGGCAGCGUACAUGCCUGGUUAUUAGAUUGCGAACUUUCGUAGCAAUGUAUUCUAGUAAUAUGUUUAAGUUUAUUUUUUCUUUGACAAGUUGUUACUAACCUUUUUGUAUGCUUCUUUCAUAAUAUCUCACGCCUUGGCACUAACUUAGACGUAAUCGCAUUCCACUAACUUUCCAGCUUUGCAAUGUUGAGUGCGCAAUAUGAUAGUAUGAUGAGGUGAAGCAUUUGAAAAUCCUAAAGGGUCACUUUCAGUCGGACAUUGACUGUAGUGUCUUUGGGAAGUUCAAAUAGUUCGAAUGCCCCUUCUAUUUGUUUUGAUUGCUAAGAUGACAGAAUGUUGAAACUUGGCAAAAUUUGAUCCAGUACAACCAAGUUUGCUCAAACAGACCCGGCUUCCCCCAGAAAGCUUUCUCAUGAGAAUGACCAUCUAUUGUCGCAAUGUGCCUUUGUGUGUCACUAACCUGCUGCCAAUGUACAGUUUUCGAUAAACCAUUACUUAGGUUUGUUAAUGUGCGAUAUUCGAGAUGAUGCAUUUGUAUUAAACGUGGCCAUCUUAGUGUUGAUUCAAUUGCAUUCUCGCAUCAUUUGUAAAACUUGAGUAGGUCUAAUCAUGCGCAUGGUGAAGGUGAACACAACUGGCUUGGUGAACGAAAUUGAUGAACCACAUAUUAUUACGACCUUAUCAAAUUUCUCUUUCUUACUGUCUCCUCAUUUAAAGGUGCAGCUGGCAAGUUUGUUGUUCCUACAACUUGAAAAAAAUCUAGCUCCUUCAUGCUUCUUGUGGUAUCUUUAAUAUUUCAUUCAUCUGCAUGUUGAUGAAAAGUGCAGAUGCACCACAUUCUUAACACAGACAGUUUAACGCUGAAAUCAGCAUAUGAAAGCAUAUUGACCAACAAAUACUUAAAGUCUAUAAUAUUAAAAAAAAUUGUUAGGAGUGUGCAAUGCUUUGUUUCUAUAUGUACGUAUAUAUACUACUGUAUACCACUUGGUUCAAACUAAAACUUUUUUCCCAUAUAUCUUUUGUAGAUAAUGCUGAUGCAUGUAUGAAACUUAAAAAAAAAAAGGUUUAAAUGUGGCUAUUACCUAUAAGUCUGAAAACCAGGGUCUCUACUUUUUCAUUUUGCACGAACAGGGGAUUUGUAUAACCUAGAAUAGAGAGGUGUUUGUUGUGACUACUGCAGAUGAUAAUGGUAGUGCAAUCUUCCUUACCACAUUAUGAGGAAGUCUUAUCUGUGAUAUGGUACGUACUUGGCGUGGCAGCUUAUAGAGCAAAGAUUGUAGUGUUCAUUAUUUUGUAUGUUUAUGUACACUUGAACAAAAUAAAAAAAAUAAAAGAAAGCAUGAUGCAGUGGUUGCAAGUAGUACUAGGGCUUUUUCCAGCUUGGUAGCCCCAGUUUUUGAAAGGAUCUAGCAAUGCUUCGAAAAACACUGCCAGCUUUUGAGUUCCAUCAAGGAGCUUCACCAAAAACUGCCAACCAGUUACAACACCAGCUGUUUAAAUUUUCUUUACACUCAGACACAUUGCACUUGCAUGAGUAGUGCAAGAUGUGCCCACAUGUGGCAUCAGGGGUCGGCAUUCUGUCACUCUCAUCAAUAUGAAACGAAUGAGAAUGGCUUCAUGCAGCUUUGCUGGUUGAUACUGAAGGCAAUGUUAUACAUUACACUUCUUUGCUGCUUGCUGCAUUGUGUCGGGUGAUAAUCGACAAGUCAACUAGCCUUGCCAGUUACCACACAUUGCAACACAACAGCGUUGCAUCCUGCGCGUAAUUGCGAGCAAACUACGCUUGCCUAGCUGUGCAUUGAAGGUAAUGAAAGCAAGUUAUGCAAGACUUCCUGAGCCUUUUCUUGAACACUCAAGAAAUUUUGGACAUAUAUUAAAAUGCAAGAAAGUGGCAAUUGCUUAAUUAAAAAUAGCAAUUAAUUUUGUGGUGUCCAUCACCGACAUUGUACAUAUGCUCCCUUCGGUUAUUGAACUGUCAAGAUCAUCAAUCUUACGUGUGAAUGACAGAUCACUGACACACUAGGAGCAAGAAUAAAAGCGCAGCAUUUCCAGUCUGCAGACAGCUGCUACAAUCACAAAGCAACCCAAGUGGGCCUGAUGGUAAUACCUGUUAAUAAUGUUUACGAGUGCUUGUAAUGCCAUUGUGAAACUAGCUGUAUCGGAUAUCGAUGUAAGAGAGGAAUAAAAAUCAACUUGAAGGAGAACAAGGUUACCAUAUUCAGAAAAUACCAAAUUCCAGAUUUACAGGCAAUGAAGCAGAAAUGUGACAUUUCUUAUAAAACUUCUAAAAAUACAUCUUGCAGUAAGUAGUGAGGUGGGCGAGUUGUGAACAAUGCAUGUUUGUAAAAAUCAGCCCAAAAAAAGAUAGCGCACAAGAUGAGACCGUGUCAUCUUGUGCUGCGUCCUCUUCGCACCGAUUUUAACAAACAUGCCAUAUACUACAUCGCUUUCAGAUUUACCUCCCUUGGGACCAAUUCCACUUUUCUAGCUGUUCACUGAAACGACCAAUUGAUAACUUCAUGUGUUGUGUGCUGUUUUAUGUUAAUUACAGGCAGCUGGCACUUUUUUCUUUACUAAUUUUCACUCUUUGAGGAUACUAUUUAGGCACAUUUAAAUAUUUUUUUGUGCAACUUGUCUGUUCCUAGCAAAUAAAUGUACUACAAGAUAUUGUACUGUAUUGUGUGCAAUGUCUUGAUGACUGGAUGAUUAAAGCCGGUUCAAUGGUGUCUUGGAA